CAGAAUUACAUAGGUCUGUAAGUAGUGAACAUUGAUACACAUUACCUCUUGUGAAAUACCGAUUGAUCCAUGCUGGAAGUGAGUUGCUGGCAAGGUCGGUAUUGGUAUGUAACACUAUAGUCACGAGGGAGUGGAGCCGCUCCAGAAUACACCAGACUAAACUGGAUGCAGAUAGCACCAUACCAUAACUGGCAUAAUGGGUACAGGUGGAUCGACAUUAGCGGAGAACAGGGUUGGUACUGAGACGGUCACAGCCAACCAUCAGGCAGUGGCACCUUCCCCCAAUUAUGACGGGCAAGGUCACUUCUCUCUGUCUCUCUCUGUCUCUCUCUCUUUAUCUUCGGACUGCUUGCUUGGCUUGCUCUUCUGCCUCUUCCUCCUCCCACUUUCAACUCAUCCCCUCCUCCACUUCCCCCCUUUUUCUCUUCUGUCUCUUAUCUUCUCGGUUUGGCUAUCUUCUUCAUUCUCUCUUGCUUUCACACCCUUCCCUUCCCUUCCCUUCCACACCUCCUUUGGUUCAGUCAACUCGACCAACUUAUUGGUGUCGUCCCAUCCUGUGGAAUCUAUACUUUCCUCCCCGCCAUCGGUGGGGUUUCCUGACGACACUCCCUUCCAGUGACCGCGCCUCACCCAGUCCUGUCCACACCCCCCCUCCAACAACCUAACAACCUCACUUUAUUCUUGCCCAACUCUUCCUUCUUCUAUUCCUUUUCACCGAUUUUGUUCUCUUUCUUUCUCUCCUGUCAAUCCUCAUUUUUUUAACUUUGGUUCGCCAAUAUGAAUCCCCAUCAGCAGAACAAGAUCGAUACUAGCGUGAGUC